CUCACCCGUAAAUAAGAAAACAAAACGAAAACCGAAUGUAGAGGGGAUUUCAAAGCUUUACUUAUCCACGUAUGGCUUCUAGUCCCCGUAUGUCCUUCUCCAAAUCACCAAACUCUACCGUACAAAGACCUAUGGCUUCUUUUAAACCCUUGUCGCCAACUAGCACAGUGAUCACGAUAGAGAAAAACAAACAAAAAGUUGUGCCGGUGAAUGGUGGCGAUCUUGUUGUGUUUGGGAUCCAUCUACACUUACACUCCAAACCUGUACAAUUUGCUAUUUGUUGUGGUGGAGUUUUGUUCUUUUAUUUAUUGUAUGGAUACGUACAAGAAUGGAUUUUCCGACUAGAAGGGUUCAGGCCAUAUGGCUGGUACUUGACACUUGUGCAGUUCGGUUUGUAUGCAAUAUUUGGAACAGUGGAAACAAGCUUUCAAACAGAUAAAUCAAGAAAAAUACCACUGAAGACAUAUGCUGGCCUUGCACUCCUCACAGUCUCGACAAUGGGUCUUUCCAACUCUUCCCUUGGCUACCUUAACUAUCCUACCCAGGUUAUUUUCAAGAGCUGUAAAUUAAUUCCUGUAAUGGUUGGUGGGAUUAUCAUCCAAGGAAAGAGAUAUGGUAUCAUAGACUUUGUUGCAUGCCUGUUCAUGAGUUUGGGGUUGAUUCUAUUUACACUGGCAGACAGCAAAGUUCAGCCUGAAUUUAACCACACGGGUGUGGUGUUCAUUUCACUGGCCUUGUGCGCUGAUGCUGUUAUUGGCAAUGUACAAGAGAAAACAAUGAAAGCAUAUCGUAGCACAAAUACAGAAGUGGUUUUAUAUUCUUAUGGCAUUGGGUUUGUUUAUAUUCUGGUUGGCCUCACAGUGUCAGGAAGCUUGCUAGAUGCCUUUCAAUUUUGCGCUCAGCAUCCAGUGCAAGUAUAUGGACUGGCAUUCUUAUUUUCUAUUAGUGGAUACCUGGGAAUUACAUUUGUUUUGAUGCUCGUCAGAUUAUUUGGAGCAUUGAUGGCAGUGACAGUGACUACUUUCCGCAAGGCAGUCACAAUGGUUCUGUCAUUUCUAUUUUUUACAAAACCAUUUACAACACAGUACUUAUGGUCUGCAUUUAUUGUGUUCUUUGGAAUUUUUCUUAAUGUGUAUAGUAAAAACAAAGCACAGAUGGAUCAGUUGUUUUACCGUCACUGGAAGAUGGCAAGUUCGUUUUUGUCAAAACGUCAGGAACCUAGGAAACCAUUGCUAAUGGAGAAUGUUUAGAAUAUGUUCACAAGAAAGGUAUUGUAUUAACAGGACCGUAGCAGGGGUUGGGGCACUGGGGGCAUGUGUCUCCCAAUAUUUUUAAAAAUUAUAAAGAAAUGACCAGUGGGUGCAUGGCCCCUAAUAUUUUCUUAAUGUCGGGCUGUAGCAGGGGACACCAAGAAUGAUAUAGGAGUCAAGCAGACAGCAAUAAGGAAACAUGUUGAUCCAGCUCAACAUUUGAAUUGCUCAUACAGAUCAGCCAUGUUUAUUUUUUAUCCUAGAUUAGAAACUGGGGUACUGUAUAAAUUUUGAAAUAUGUAUUUAUAAAGAAAAUAGAAUGCCCUGUAAUGUACGGCUUACAUCAGGAAGCUAUUGGAAUAAAAUAUGAAAUAUUA